CCGGCGGCCGGCGAACGUGUUAACAUAGUUCGUUAAAGUGACUGUGGAUUUAACGAUUUGUGUACAACGAUGAUAUAGGAGUCGCCGAAGUAAUGUUAGAGGCGUCGUUCCAACAUGAACAUAUCGGACGGCACGGUUCCGGGGCCGGUUGACCCCGCGCGGAUCUUCGGGCCGCAGCGCGACCCGCUGUACGUCGUGAUCCCGGUGACCAUCGUGUACUCGGUGAUCUUCGUCACGGGCGUCGUGGGCAACAUCUUCACGUGCACCGUGAUCGUCCGCAACAAGAGCAUGCACACCGCCACCAACUACUACCUGUUCAGUCUGGCCGUCUCCGACCUGCUGCUGCUGGUGAGCGGGAUGCCGCAGGAGAUGUACUCGAUCUGGUCGAAGUGGCCGUACAUAUUCGGGCCGGUGUUCUGCGUGAUCCGGGGGCUGGCGGCGGAGACGUCGACGAACGCCAGCGUGCUGACGAUCACGUUGUUCACGAUAGAGCGCUACCUGGCGAUAUGCCACCCGUUCGUGUCGCAUAAGAUGUCGAAGCUGUCGCGAGCGAUUCGACACGUGAUACUCCUAUGGGUGGUGGCGCUCGGGUUCGCUUUACCCCAGGCCCUGCAAUUCGGGAUCAAGGUGCACAGAGGAGUCACUAUGUGUCUGCAGACGAGAGUGAUACUGGAGCAUUCCUUCGAGCUGUCGACUUUCUUCUUCUUCUUCGCGCCGAUGGUUCUGAUCACCGUCCUGUACUCGCUGAUCGGCCUGCGACUCAACAACUCCAGCAUAGCCAAGACGAUACAGGCCGGCAAGCAGGUGAAAACAAACAAGAGAAUUAUACAGCGAAUACAGAGGAAAAACAGCACUCAAUCUACGAAGCGGGUUGUGAAGAUGCUAGUGGCGGUAGUGCUGGCAUUCUUCAUCUGCUGGGCGCCGUUCCACGCGCAGCGUCUGGUCGCGAUAUACGGCACGAGCGAGAACCACUCCGCCAAGUCGCCGGUCCUACUCUCCGUCUACUACUUCCUCACCUACAUCUCCGGGAUCUUCUACUACAUGUCCACCUGCAUCAACCCCAUAUUCUACCACAUCAUGUCCAACAAGUUCAGAGAGGCUUUCAAGAGCACCAUGAUGUCGUGGUGCUGUAGGAAGGCGAUGCCGGCACAGCGCUGCUCCUACACCGCCGUGCCCUUCUCGAGACAGCUCACCACCACCGGCUCCAUCAAGUCAGGGAGCUCGCUGCGGCAACAGUCCAGUCUGAAGGAGUUCAACCUCAGCAGCAAGCCUGGUGACGUGACACCCCGGGUGUGGCAAGUGUGUGAGAUGUGCAAACACUCCCUUACGGUCCCGGGCGACGACAACAGAAAUUGUCGGCAUGCCGACGGCCCAAAUGGAACUGUUUACUGGAAUUGAGAAGCUGUUGAUCUAUGAAACGGAACAGUUUACAGGAAUUCAGAAACAGUUACUAAAGUAAAUGAAACAGUUUACAAUAAUUAAGCAAAUGUUAACAGACAAUAUGGAACAGUUAACAAGAAUUCAGAAGCUGUUAGCGAAGUUAAUGAAACAGUUUACAAGAAUUUAGUAGCUGUUCCUAAAGUAAAUGAAACAGUUCAUAAGAAUUGAGUAGCUGUGAACGGACAGAACGAAACAGUAUACAGGAAUUAAGUAAACUUUCACAAAAGAAAAGGACACAAGAUUGAAGUAGUGACUGUCUAAACGAAAUGGUUUACGUGAAAAAAGUAAACGUAUGUAGAUUAAAGGUCACAGCACAGAUAUCAAUUUGGAAAGGGAUCG